UGCCUUGCUGAGGCCGGAUACGCGGCGCCAGUUACCGGAAGUAGCGGACCGGACCGUAUCGGGUCGGGCUGCGUCGUUCCGUGCCGUGCUGCGCCGCGCCGACUGCUGGAAGCGCUGCACUGUGACUUGCGGCUCCGUUUCGCAGGAUGUGAGACAACUGCGUUUUAUUCGGGAUUCCUGCCUCGCCUGUUUAUAUUUCAAUGGCACACAUCACCAUAAAUCAAUAUUUGCAGCAGGUACAAGAAGCCAUUGACAGCAGAGAUGGACAAUUUUGUGCAGAAUUGGUAUCGUUUAAACAUCCACACGUUGCAAACCCAAGGCUACAGCUUCCAUCUCCAGAGGAGAAGUGUCAACAAGUUUUGGAACCACCAUAUGAUGAAAUGUUUGCAGCCCACCUAAGGUGUACUUAUGCUGUUGGAAACCAUGACUUUGUAGAAGCAUACAAAUGUCAAACAGUUAUUGUGCAAUCUUUCCUGCGAGCAUUUCAAGCACAUAAAGAAGAAAACUGGGCCUUACCUAUUAUGUAUGCUGUUGCCCUCGAUCUUCGAAUUUUUGCUAAUAAUGCAGAUCAACAGCUAGUGAAGAAAGGGAAAAGCAAAGUUGGCGACAUGUUGGAAAAAGCAGCAGAGCUGCUGAUGAGCUGUUUUCGGGUCUGUGCCAGUGACACUCGAGCAGGCAUUGAAGAUUCCAAGAAGUGGGGCAUGCUGUUUCUCGUGAAUCAGCUGUUUAAAAUCUAUUUUAAGAUCAACAAGCUCCAUCUGUGUAAGCCCUUAAUUAGAGCAAUUGACAGCUCCAACCUGAAGGAUGAAUAUAGUAUGGCACAGCGGGUUACAUACAAGUACUAUGUCGGGCGCAAAGCCAUGUUUGACAGUGACUUUAAGCAAGCUGAAGAGUAUCUGUCGUUUGCCUUUGAGCACUGUCACCGCUCAAGCCAGAAGAACAAAAGAAUGAUUUUGAUCUACCUGCUGCCAGUAAAAAUGUUGUUGGGCCAUAUGCCAACAAUUCAGCUCUUAAAAAAGUACGACCUGAUGCAGUUUGCUGAAGUAACAAAAGCUGUGAGUGAAGGCAAUCUUCUCCUGCUGAAUGACGCUCUGACAAAGCAAGAGACCUUCUUCAUUCGAUGUGGAAUCUUUCUUAUCCUUGAGAAGCUGAAAAUCAUCACGUACAGAAAUCUCUUUAAGAAAGUAUAUUUACUCCUCAAAACCCAUCAACUGUCUCUGGAUGCCUUUCUGUUUGCCUUGAAGUUCAUGCAAGUAGAGGAUGUUGAUAUUGAUGAGGUCCAGUGCAUUUUAGCUAACCUGAUAUAUAUGGGUCACAUUAAAGGCUAUAUAUCUCAUCAGCAUCAAAAGCUUGUGGUCAGCAAGCAGAACCCAUUUCCUCUGCUCUCAACAGUGUCUUGAGUAUUGUGGCUCAGCCAUGCAAGUACUUUUCUGAUACUCCUCUUGUCCAGUGGAGCUGCUCCUAAACACCCUGAGAAUGGUGUAAAUGACCUGGUUCAUGUCCAGGACUGGAAUAACAAGAACUGUUUGUGGCUCCUUCCCCAGAGUGACCAAGGCUGCCAGUGCUACAGAGUGUGUUGGAAUGAAAUGUGAUAGUUUCUGCAGGCUCUCCAGAUCAGUCAAAGUAUUUCACAAGGAAAUAAAGCAUUCCAAAUUCCUUCCAAACUACUUAAAAGCUUUUACAAGUUACUUUGUGUUAAUAUUUGUGCAUUUAUCUUUCAGAGAGGAGAGGUACUUUGUUACUUAUGUUAAUCCAUUCUUCAGAAUGGUAAUUGUUUUCUUUCUUAGUUUCCUUUUUCUCUUUUUUUAAAGUCUUUUCAAAAAUCUGGCUUAUAUUAAAUACUAUGUUCAAGCUUUAUCUAAAAACUAGAGAAGUGCUUGAUGCCAAAAGCUUUACUGUGCCAUUGAUACUUGAAGGUUCAAGUAAAUAUGGGAUUUUUGUCUAUAGGUGCUCACAAAUGGGUUUGUUGGUUUUUUUUUUUAAUUGUAGAGAUAUUUUGUUUCAAUUUUGUUAUGAUGAACAAAAGCUUAGCUAUUAAUCUUAUUAAACUAAAGCUUAAUCUUAUUAAGCUAUUAAACUUAUCCAUACUCUGAUUUAUUCUGCUCACGGGGAAAACGCUGACACUGGAUCCAUUAUUUGAAGUGUUACUACCUUAAGGGUUUUGUUUGUUUGUUUGGGGGUGUCCAUAGUAAUGGAAUGACAGGUUUGGGUUUUAAAAAUUAUUUUUAAAGGAAAUAAACAUUUUCUCCCUCUUUGACA